GACUAAAGACUUGAUGUGGCUGAGUAUUAUUUUACACCAACUAUGCUGACGCCAUUGUAUAUGUCAUCACACCCCAGCUGGGUUCGCUGAUGCAACCCCCAUCGUCACCCUUUGAAAGCGAUAACUGAAGGUUCUGAAGUCCCUUGGCGUCGGUUGGUCUUGUGCUUCUCAUUGCUUUCAGGAUUGAAGCUUCAUUUGCUUCUGGGAAAGUUUGUGUGUUCUCUUAAUGCUGUAAAGGUUUGUCCUUUAUCGUCUCUAGUGUGUCUUUCUAAUUCUGGGUAUUGAAUUCAACUAAGAUUUUGACAGAGAGCUAACUAGCUUCUGUGGAAGUAUUGAAGUUUGGAUUUUUAUUGAUAGAAGCUUUGUGAUGAACAGUUAGAUCUUAUCCAACAUUUUACUUGUUUGGAGUUCAGUGAGUUUGGUCUGUGUGCAGGCAUUUAGUGCAGUAAAGAUUUUGGAUUGCUGUUUUUUGUUUGAUCCCAAUUUUAGAUAGUUGGUCUUGCAAUUUAGCUCAAAUUUGUAUAUUAAAGGUAACCCAAAACUUGGAGAGAUAUUUUUGUUUCUCUUUUUGGUUUGUUGGUUUUCAGUUUACAUCACGUUGGAUCAUCCCCCUUGUUUAAGUUUUGAGUGCUGUGUUUUUUCCCUGAGGGCUGCACCAGUUUUAUAUCUAAGAAACACAUUUCCUUAAUAGUUACUAUAUUGAAUCAGCAAGAUAUUGACUUGAAGUGUUAUAUUUGAGGUUAUUAGAAUUAAUAGAUUUUUGGGCUAUGGUUAUAUAAGGGAACUAGUUCCAUAUCUUGAAGCAUCCUAGGCUCCGGGUUUAGGGCUUAAAGUAGAUUAAUGGCCAAUUCAACUGAGCCAUCGUCUUCUUUGAGCUUCACCUCAUCUUCCCAUCUGUCGAAUGGUUCGAUAAGCCACAACUUAUCUUCCUAUGAAGCCUUGCCUAGUCUUGAAGUCGUCAGUUUGGCCAAGCUUAGCUCUAGUUUAGAGCAGCUCUUGCUUGAUUCUGGCUGUGAUUAUAGUGAUGCUGAAAUCAUAGUUGAGGGAGUUCCUGUUGGUGUUCACCGAUGUAUAUUAGCUUCUAGGAGCAAGUUCUUUCGUGAACUAUUCAAGCAAGAAAAGGGGUCUUCUGAGAAGGAGAGAAAACCAAGCAAACCAAAGUAUAAAAUGAAGGAUUUGCUACCUUAUGGUGAUAUUGGAUAUGACGCAUUUUUGGUUUUCUUGAGCUACAUGUAUACCGGAAAGCUGAAGCCUUCUCCCCCAGAGGUGUCAACUUGUGUGCACAAUGUAUGCGCCCAUGAUUCAUGUAGACCUGCAAUCAAUUUUGCUGUGGAAUUGCUGUAUGCCUCUUCCAUUUUCCAAAUGCCAGAUCUGGUUUCAAUAUUUCAGCGACGCCUUAUUAAUUUUGUUGAGAAAGCUCUUGCAGAAGAUGUUAUCCCAAUCCUUGUGGUUGCUUUCCACUGUCAGUUGAGUGAGCUUGUCACUCAUUCUAUUGAAAGAGUGGCUCGAUCAGAUCUUGAUAGCAUCUGCAUUGACAAGGAACUUCCUUAUGAGGUUGUAGAAAAAAUUAAAUUGCUUCGUCGUGAUUCUCAACAUGAUAGUGAACUGAAUAUGCCGCCUGUGGAUCCCUUGCAUGAAAAAAGAAUCAGGAGAAUACAUAAGGCAUUAGACUCUGAUGAUGUUGAACUUGUGAAACUUCUUUUAUCUGAGUCGAACAUAACCUUAGAUGAAGCCCAUGCUCUCCACUAUGCUGCAGCUUACUGUGAUCCUAAGGUUGUUACAGAAGUUCUUGCUUUGGGUAUGGCUGAUGUUAACCUUCGGAAUCCUCGAGGUUAUACUGUGCUUCACAUUGCUGUGAUGCGCAGAGAGCCAUCGAUAAUAGUAUUGCUUCUUAGUAAAGGAGCUCGUGCAUCAGAGCUGACAUCAGAUGGUCAGAGUGCAGUUAGUAUAUGCCGGAGGUUGACAAGGCCAAAGGAUUAUCAUUCAAAAACAGAGCAGGGGAAAGAAACAAACAAGGACCGAAUUUGCAUUGAUGUUCUAGAAAGAGAAAUGCGGAAGAAUCCAAUGGCAGAAGAUGCAUAUAUGUCGUCCCAACCAAUGGCUGAUGAUCUGCACAUGAAAUUGCUCUACUUGGAGAACAGAGUGGCUUUUGCCCGUUUGUUUUUCCCUAGUGAAGCCAAGCUAGCCAUGGUUGCUGCUCAAUCCGAGACAUCAUCUGAGUUUGCUGGAAUCUCUCCAUCAAAAGGCUCAACUGGGAACUUGAUGGAGGUUGAUUUAAACGAGACACCCACAGUGCAGAAGAAAAGACUCCAUUCUAGAUUGGAGUCCCUUAUGAAAACAGUCAACAUGGGUAGAUGCUAUUUCCCCCAUUGCUCAGAAGUCCUGGAUAAGUUUAUGGAGGAUGACCUACCUGAUUUGUUUUUCCUUGAGACGGGCACCCCUGACGAGCAGAAAAUAAAGAGGAUGCGUUUCAUGGAGCUCAAGGACGAAGUCCAUAAGGCAUUUACCAAGGACAAGGCCGAGCGCAACCUCUCUGGGUUGACUUCUUCAUCGUCCUCAUCGUCACCAAAAAAAGCUGGUGUGAAUCAGAAGACUAGGAAAUAGUGAAGGCAUAUAAUUUGUAUCUAUUAAGCCUUGCAUUUACGCAUAAAAUAUCUAUAGUUACUUACGAUUAAAGUUACUUACAAUCACAUGGUGUUGCUUUCAGUCUGCAAAAUCUCAGCAGAUGCAAAUUGCCCUGUAAACUACUUUUUACGAGUUGCUGUCCUAGUUUUGUCCAGUAGAAGAUGAUUCUAAGUAAUUGGAAAAUUGAUCAAUGAAAAUUAGCUUCGGUAA